CUCCGUUCGGACUCGGCACUUUGAUCUUCGCGAGCGGCCCUCGCGGCCCUCGCGCUCAUGGCAUGAAGUUCCUCGGCGUAAAGGCGCCGUUCAUCCAGCACUUGCUGAAGAUCGCGAGCAACACGAGCUACCGGCACAACAAGCAAACAUGCGUCGUGACGGGCACGAAGCUCAUUAAGGACUUGGCCAAGCGGCACCGCUUCCACGACGUGCUGUGCAGCAGGCCGGAGCAUCCGGAGCUGGAGGGCUUGAGCUUUGAGUCGCUGCACCUUGCCGAGCCUCGCGUGCUGAAAAAAGUGGCGCAGCUCGAGGAGUUUGAUGGGCUUAUCGCCACUAUGGACUUACCGCCCAAGGGCUCCUUGAAGGAGUUGUCGCAUCCGCGACUCCUGCUGUGCCUGGAGUAUGUGGAGGAUCCUGGGCUCAUGGGCACGUUGCUUCGAACCGCCUUGGCCUUUCAGUGGCAGGCGGUCUUCUUCCUGAAGUACUGCGCAGAUCCCUUUGACAGUCGCUGUAUUCGCGCCUCUCAAGGCGCGCUGUUCGAUAUGCCCUAUUACAAGGGUGAUCUCGAGGACUUGCAGAAGCUGUGCCGACAGAAGCGGCUCACGCUGGCAGUUCCUCAUCCAGAAGGCACUGACCUACGGCACUACGAGCCCAGCCAGGGCUUGGCGCUGCUGGUGCGAGAGGAAUACGCCACACCUUGGGCCGCUCCGCGAGACGCCUUGAAGAUCAAGGUGCCGAAUCCGCUGGAGCUGCAUCCCAAAGAGACCUUCGAGAUGCGAGCGCUGGACACGGCAGUGCAGGGUGGCAUUCUCAUGCAUCACCUGAAGCACCACCACUACCCGCAAGUUUCUCGCACGGCUGCUAUCGCCUCCUAGGAGCCAGCGGCUUGACGAGCGGAUGGCGUGUGGAACG